AUGACCACCCAGCAGCCGAUCCGCAACGACGUUGUCGAGGAGAAGUAUCCUGCCGAUAUCAAACACAUUGAUUCUCUCGAGGACGCACGUGACACCGACUCGGAGCUCAAGGACAAUGCCGUUCGCCCAUCGCACGUUGACGUCGACGAUGGCUUCGACCCCAAGGUCAUGAAGCGUCUCGUGCGCAAGAUCGACCUCCACGUCAUUCCCAUUCUCGCCCUCAUGUACUGCAUCUCCCUCAUUGACCGAACCAACCUGUCGAUGGCACGCGCAGCCAACAACAAGGCGAUGAACAAGGAGCUCGGCCUCGAUGUUGGCAACCGCUACUCGCUCGCCACUAUGAUCUUCUUCAUUCCCUACAUCAUUCUCGAGAUCCCCUCCCAGAUUGGCUUGCGCGCUUUUGGCCCCAAGAUCUGGCUCUCGCUCUCGUGCCUGCUUUGGGGCGUCGUCAUGAUGUGCUUCGGUUUCCUCCAGAACUGGCAGGGCCUCGUUGGUCUGCGCGCCCUGCUCGGCGCGUUCGAAUCGACCCUCUUCCCCGGCGCCGCGUACCUGAUUGCAUGCUGGUACCCACGCAAGCAGAUGGCUACCCGUAACACGGCCUUCUACUUCGGCUCGACCGCUGUUGGCGGCCUCUCGUCCAUCCUUGCGUGGGGCAUCUCGCAGAUGCACGGCACCGCUGGCAAGUCUGGAUGGCGGUGGAUCUUCAUUCUCGAGGGUAUCAUGACCGUUUUCAUCGGCGUUCUCGGCUUCAUCUUCAUGCACGAGUUCCCCGACCGCGCAAAGUUCCUCACCCCGGAGGAGAAGGAAAUAGUGCGCAUUCGCAUCGACCGCGACCGCGGCGACGCAACGCACGAUCCCCUUACCCUGAAGAAGAUCGGCAAGUACGCGAUCGAAGUGAAGCCGUGGAUCUUCGGAAUCAUGUUCACCGCCACCACCCUCUCCGCGUACUCGAUGGCCUACUUCCUCCCCACCAUCCUCCAAGGCAUGGGAUUCAGCAACAUGUUGAGCCAGGUGCUUUACGCGCCACCCAAGAUCUGGGCUGUGGUCCCAGGUAUGUUCCUUGCAUACUGGUGCGACAAGACGCGGCAGCGCGCCGUUGGCGUCAUGUUCAACGCUCUCCUCCUCGUGAUCGGCACAAUUAUGUUUUCGCAACUUGAAAAUUCGAAAAAGGAGGCUCGCUACGCUGGCGUAUUCCUCGCUUUCGGCGGCGCUACGAUGAACGUGCCCCUGAUUAUCGCCUGGACGCAGACCUCAAUCCGCUCCCAGUCCAAGCGCGCCUUCACUGCGGCCCUUCUCGUUGCAUGGGGCGGUAUCGGCGGCAUCCUCGCUGGUGUUCUCUUUAUUGAGAAGGAGGCUAAACGCGGCUACCCCACUGGUAUCUGGUCCACCGUCGCUCUCAACAUCCUGGUCAUCAUCUGUGCUGGCGGCUUCAAGCUCUGGUUCAUGUACCAGAACCGUCGCGCGGACCGUGGAGAGAUCAUCCUCGAGGACCACCCCGGCUUCCGGUACCAAGCCUAA